CGUUGCUAGGAUACAGAAGCAGCGACUAGCUGUUAGCUGUUAGCGUCCAUCUCUGGUCGACGUUAACCGGAUGUAACGGAAUCAAAACAUUCAGAGAUAUUCGGUGUUUCUGUAGGUGUUUUAGACUCGAUCAUCUCUCUGUCUGUCUUAUUUGUUAAACUCUCCGGUGUUUCCGGUAGUCGUUAGCAGUUUGAUGCUAAGAGGCUAACGUUAGCCGUCUGAGCUAAAGUAAACGGUUGUCGGUUAAUGUGAUCAGACCGGGGUUUGAUUCGGUAUUAGGACUCUUCUAACGGGAGUUUAACGGCCCGGUGGGUGAGCUCGUCCUCUCGGUAGUCCGUUAUCGGUCCAUGGAGCGGAGUGACCGAGGUAAAACCACAAACCUACUGAAGAACCAGCCCUACGACGAGGAGGUGGAGGUCAACGACCCCGAGGAGGUGACGAGUGUCUAUAGCCCGGAACCAGGCAGCCACAGACAGUCGUUGUCCAGGAGAAGCAGGAGGGGGCGUGGCCGAAUGUCAGCCAACAGCGGCAUCGACCAGCUGGAGGACGAGGCUCAGAGGGCCGGCGAGGCCGGCAGGGGGCCGUCCGGGGCCAGUCCACACGAAGAAGAGGAGGAGGAAGACGAAGACUCUGACGAAGAGGAGGACGACUCUGAUGACGACGAUGAUGACGAGCCCAGCGGCGCUCCAGAGGGGGCGUACGAUGCGGCGGACUACGCCAACCUGCCUGUCAGCACAGACAUCAAAGAGCUGUUCCAGUACAUCAUACGAUACAGCCCUCAGAACAUCGAGCUGGAGCACAGCCUCAAGCCCUUCAUCCCUGACUUCAUCCCCGCUGUGGGAGACAUCGACGCCUUCCUCAAGGUUCCACGGCCCGACGGUAAAGAGGACAGCCUGGGUCUGCUGGUUCUGGACGAGCCCAGCGUGAAGCAGUCGGAGCCGACGGUGCUGUCACUGUGGCUGUCAGAGGAGAGCAAGCAGCACGGAGCGCCAGAGAUGCAGAAGGUGACGAGCGUGGCGAGCCCCCAGUCCAACCCUCGGGUGGUGGACAGCUGGGUGGAGAGCAUCAGCGCCCUGCACCACUCCAAACCUCCGGCCAGCGUGCAGUACGGCCGGGCCAUGCCGGACAUCGACAGCCUGAUGCAGGAGUGGCCGCCGGAGCUGGAGGAGCUGCUGGGCCGCCUGCAGCUGCCCCCGGCCCGCCUCAGCUGCAGCGCGGCCCAGUACGCCGACAUCAUCUGCAGCCUGCUCGACAUCCCCGUCCACGGAUCCAGGAUCCAGAGCCUGCACCUGCUCUUCAGCCUUUACCUGGAGUUCAGAGACUCGCAGCACUUCACACGGAGAGCAUGAGAGCGCCAUGAGUCCCAGUACUGGUCCUAGAGUCCCAGUACUGGUCCUAGAGUCCCAGUACUAGCCCUAGAGUCCCAGUACUAGUCCUGGAGUCCCAGUACUAGCCCUAGAGUCCCAGUACUAGUCCUAGAGUCCCAGUAUUAGUCCCAAAGUCCCAGUCCUGGGUAGUUUUUGAUUUAAAUAGGUUAAAAAUGCAGGAGGACUUCUCCACAUUGUCUAUUUCCAUGAAUACUUUUGUAAAGUUUGGUGAACUUGGAUGGACUGGUCUCCAGACCGGUCUCUCUCUCUCUCUCGUGGUUAACAUGACUGAAGAUCUUAAGUCUGGGUCCUGUUCUGGGGCUUUUCUUGAUGUGGUUCUGGCUCUAACUUUAUAGUAUUUUUUGGUUUUGUCUCUUUAUUUUCAUUCUUUCAGAUUAAAGUUAAAUCUACCAUAAAAACGUUUUUUAUUGUUUAUCGACUUUUCUGCAGAUGAAA